GGGGACCAUGCAAGUUCUUUGGAAUUCGUCAUAGGGCAGAGCUAAAGAAUGCUAUUCAUGAGCAAUAGUGUCCAGAAAAGAUGGUUCAUGUACCUUCCUGUGGUAUGGCUGGUAAUGGAUCAAGAUCAGAGUCUCUCAAUGGAUUAACUAUGAAAUCACAGCUUCAAAUCACUGUUAUUUCUGCAAAGUUGAAAGAAAACAAAAAUAAGUGGUUUGGCCCCAGUCCUUAUGUAGAAAUCUUGGUGAAUGAACAGUCGAAGAAGACAGAAAAGUGCAACAAUACUAAUAGUCCAAAAUGGAAACAGCAUCUUACAGUGAUUGUCUGUCCUGAUAGCAAACUACAUUUUCGAGUAUGGAGUCACCAGACAUUGAAGUCUGAUGUCCUACUAGGAAGUGCCAUUCUAGAUAUUGAUGAGACGCUAAAAGCAAACAAUAUGAAACUUGAAGAAGUAAUUGUAAACAUGGUACUUAUUGGUGACAAAGAACCAUCUGAAGUGAUUGGAGAAUUGUCUGUCUGUUUAGAUGGUAUGCAAGUAGAUCUUCCGACUAAUGAUGAUACCUCACGAAGUCCCACUCAGAAUGAUGGCUCCAAUGCAAGAAAUGAAACAAGGAAUAGUACAAAUGGUCCUGAAAACUAUGAUUCUUCUGGCUCCAAUGAAAGCAGAGUGACCAAUGGCAAUGAUUCUCCACUAAUUACAAAUGGAGGUUUUAGGCCUGCUAGACCUCCCAGACCUUCUCGACCACCUCCACCCACUCCACGUAGGCCCUCCGCUCCAUCUGCAUGUGUCAAUGGCUCUUCCUCCACAGAAUCAGAAGGGGCUAAUGCAGAAAUAGUGCCAACAGUGAGAAAUUCAACAUUGGAACCAAGCUCUGACGGAACAUCAGGAGGACCAGCUGCUCCUGCAGCAGCACCUUUGACCACACCACCAAUAUCCAGACAAGUUCAGCCAGUAACUCCAGCUUCACAGCCACAGCCUACUGUCAAUCAAGGUCCUCUUCCACCUGGUUGGGAACAGCGAGUGGAUCAGCAUGGCCGAGUGUAUUAUGUAGAUCACGUUGAAAAAAGAACUACGUGGGAUAGGCCAGAACCUCUUCCUCCAGGCUGGGAGCGGCGUGUUGACAACAUGGGGCGGAUUUAUUAUGUCGACCAUUUUACCAGAACAACAACCUGGCAGCGGCCAACUGUGGAAUCUGUCCGGAAUUAUGAACAAUGGCAGCUUCAACGCAGCCAACUUCAAGGAGCUAUGCAGCAAUUUAACCAGAGGUUCAUAUAUGGGAAUCAAGACUUCACACAGAACAAAGAAUUUGAUCCCCUUGGUCCCCUGCCACAUGGAUGGGAAAAAAGAACAGACAGCAACGGCAGAGUGUAUUUUGUCAAUCAUAAUACACGCAUCACACAAUGGGAAGAUCCCAGAAGUCAAGGUCAGUUAAAUGAAAAACCUUUACCAGAGGGCUGGGAGAUGAGAUUCACUGUGGAUGGAAUUCCAUAUUUUGUGGAUCACAAUAGAAGAACAACAACAUAUAUAGAUCCUCGUACUGGAAAGUCCGCACUAGACAAUGGACCUCAGAUAGCAUAUGUUCGGGAUUUCAAAGCAAAAGUGCAAUAUUUCCGGUUUUGGUGUCAGCAAUUGGCUAUGCCCCAGCACAUAAAGAUCGGAGUGAGCAGAAAAACUUUGUUUGAAGAUUCAUUUCAACAGAUAAUGAGCCUCAGUGCUCCAGACCUACGAAGACGCUUGUGGGUCAUUUUCCCUGGAGAAGAAGGGUUAGAUUAUGGAGGAGUUGCAAGGGAAUGGUUCUUUCUGUUGUCGCAUGAAGUGCUGAACCCAAUGUAUUGCCUGUUUGAAUAUGCAGGAAAGGAUAACUACUGCCUACAGAUAAACCCAGCUUCUUACAUCAAUCCAGACCACCUGAAAUACUUCCGCUUUAUUGGCAGAUUUAUUGCCAUGGCUCUGUUCCAUGGGAAAUUUAUAGACACAGGUUUUUCUCUACCAUUCUACAAACGUAUGCUCAAUAAGCCAGUAGGACUAAAAGAUUUGGAAUCUGUAGAUCCUGAGUUUUAUAACUCUCUCAUCUGGGUAAAGGAAAACAAUAUUGAGGAAUGUGGCCUGGAAAUGUAUUUUUCAGUUGAUAAAGAAAUUCUAGGUGAAGUGAAGAGCCAUGACUUGAAACCCAAUGGCAGCAACAUUCUUGUUACUGAAGAAAACAAGGAAGAAUACAUUAGACUAGUGGCCGAGUGGAGGCUUUCCAGGGGUGUUGAAGAACAGACCCAAGCUUUUUUUGAAGGUUUCAAUGAGAUUUUACCACAGCAGUACUUGCAGUACUUUGAUGCCAAGGAGCUUGAAGUGCUUUUGUGUGGAAUGCAAGAGAUUGACUUGACAGACUGGCAAAGGCAUGCCAUCUAUCGACAUUAUACCAGGACAAGCAAGCAAAUUGUGUGGUUUUGGCAGUUUGUGAAAGAAAUAGAUAAUGAGAAGAGAAUGAGAUUACUACAGUUUGUUACUGGAACAUGUCGAUUACCAGUUGGAGGAUUUUCUGACCUCAUGGGGAGUAAUGGACCCCAAAAGUUCUGUAUUGAAAAAGUUGGUAAGGAAAACUGGUUACCUAGAAGCCAUACUUGUUUCAACCGCUUAGACUUGCCACCAUACAAGAGUUAUGAACAACUGAAGGAAAAGCUGCUGUUUGCAAUAGAAGAAACAGAAGGAUUUGGGCAAGAGUAACAUUGGUCGGAAUCUGAACCUGAAGAACGUACAUUUCUUUAUGGUGUGCGUUCUUCACCGCCUCUGCUGGUUGCACUUACUGUAAACAGAACUUGAUCUUGAUUUAUUUAAACAAUUGCUAGUGUGUAAGUAAAUGGAUGUUACUCUGCCAUUUUAUUUCCACUAAUUCCUGAUUUCUUUGGAGUCAUUUUGAGAAAUUUAAAAUGAUAAAUGAAAUCUUCCCUAGCCAGAAGCUUACUAUACUUCUGAAGUUCUGUCUUGGGUCAUGUUCAUGAACUGGAAUGUGUUCUUAAUGAUUUUUUCCCCUAACAGUUCUCCUUUGUCUUUCCAUUUUAGUAGCAGCUUUUUGCUGCUGAUGCACUGGGAAGUCCAUUGGUAGCUGCAGUGCUGCAGCAUCCUAUUUCUAACAGUGCUUUCUUGCAAUCAGACUCCAGGGUGCUGUAAACAGAACCAGUUCUCGUGUUAACUGUUCUUUACCCAAGUGAGGCUUGACUGUUUUUGCUCUCCCAAAGCCUCUCCGAUGUCAUCUCAGUUCAAACUGUGUAGAGGGGCAUGUAGAGCUAAUGCACAUAUCCAGAACAUGGCACUUUUAUUUAUUUUUACCAUGAUGAUCACAUUCCUCAGGUUAUCCCUACAUUUGAAUGAACCUCUUUAAAAUCAGAGGAAUUUUAAUUCAUUUUCAACUGAUGUGAACACUUAACUUCAGUUUUGCUUAUGGUACUUUAAUAGUACAUCUGAAAGAGAAUGCAAGGCUUUUUCAAUUGGCAAGUGCUGAAAUUAGUUUCCACUCCUUUAUGUAAGUUAAUGUUUGAAAUAUACAAACGAUCAUUAGGCUUGACUUAACUAUCAGCUUCAGUUUACAUAUGGAUUGAGGGGAUAUGGCUUGACAGUUCAUAGUAGUGGCUUGCCACUUUAAUUUCUCUGGUCUUGCAAUCCUGUGCAUACUUACCUGGGAGUAAACGUCACUAAACACAGUAAAAACAUACUUCUGAAUACAAAUGCAUAGGAUUGUUCUGUAGGAAACUUGAUGUGCAAUAAUAAAUUCCUGCAGACUUACAGAUAGUACAUUAGAAAAACCAGUAGCUCUUUUUAGAGGAUGGAAAUUAUGCAUUCUUUAACUUAGUUCUGUGCUGAGUCGCUUCUUAUUUGCUACUUGGUUUAAAGCCUGAUUUGAGCUUCAGUUAUUUAUUACCCCAGUUUCAUAACUUCCACUGAAGCUGACAACAGUACUUAAACUACACUCCCAUUAUUGGAACGAAAGCACUUUGUUCUGGUGUCCAGCUUGCUGCCUUGUAACCUUUCCUCCAGGUGGUUCUAAUUCCAUGAUGUGCAUGCUGCUCUGAACCUCGAUAGGAGUGAUGGUGACAUUUGAAACAGCAGUAGUGCAUGCUGAUAAAUAUAUAUAUAUAUAUACUUGCCUUGUUCUACUGUGUGAGGGGAGCAAAGUCCUUUCCAAGCUAACCAAGACAGUCAAAGAUCAAAUGGAGUGGAUUUUUGUUUUGGUAGCAAAUAUCAUCUACCUAUCCAGAGCAGGGAAGCAGGGAAGGGGGAAGACUUAAUCCAGGGCUAUUGAAAGCUAGUGGCUCAACCCUUUUUAUAACCAAUUGCCUUUAGGACUCUUCUGUAAGGUAAGCUAAACAGUCUGUUUCCCUUCAGUUGACGCUUUCAAGAAUGAUUGAACAUGCUUCCCUCCCCCCGCCCCCCUUCAGUGUGUAUUCAAAGGGGAAUUCACAUAGACGUUUUCCCUCUGAUUCAGAUGACCUACUACUUCUGUGGGUAGAGGGGCGCAGGUGUGAAUUCUAGAGAUUUCUCCCCAUAGCACUUACCAGAAUACCUGAUUUGUGUGUGUAUUAGAAAUAUAGCAUAUGGAGGAGAAAAAGCCUUAGAAAUAUUUUCUUUAUUGAUUUUAAUACAUUUUAGUUAUCUAACACAAUACAGAAUUGAAAUGAAAUUGAGGUAAUAAGAAUAAGCUAUGGAAAAUAGUUCUAUGUUCUUCAUAAUGGCUCAUGAUUCACAUAGGGACCUAGGAAUAUUGUUAAUGUAUAAAUAUUCAAAAGGCUUUCUGCCCUAUAUUUUUAAAAUAAAGGAUAGUUCUAAUGGAAAUAGCAGAAGCCCUAGUUCUAUAGGGCAUGGCUGUUUAAUAUUUUUAUGGCUCAAAUGUUUAGUUAAUGAAAAAGUAAAUGCUUGUAUAUAUAUUUUUGCAGUCUGGGGAUCUAGCUUAUUCAAUUUCUUUUAAUUUAAAUGGCUUGUUUAUUUGUCUUUACUGCUGUAUUACAGGGGAAAUGGGGGCUGGAUAUCCCAAGCACAAGAAAGUAUUUUAAACAGUCAAAACUAGGAUAUUUAACUAAUGGAAUCUUGACCAUGAAGUAUUGUUAAAAUAGAUUUAUUGUAAGCAUUAUGCUAGCAAUAUCUCUAAAAUCAAAGUGAGAUCUUGCUUUUAAAAUCCCUUUGCAUUGUAAAUUCUAAAUUCUGUUUUUAUGCCAUGUUAUGUUGCAAUAAUAAAAAGUAAUUUGAGCAGUUCGCACUCUCUUCUCAUUGUGGGAACCUGGGAGAUUUGUGGAAGCGCAAUAUGGUUUUCUGGGUUGCAGGCUGGGAUGAUUUGGAUUAUGUCAAGAUUUUUUCUGCAAAGAUCAGUAGUUGUCUACUUCAGACAACUUUAGCAGCAUGUGGACGGCAAUAACUACUACAUUCUUUGCAUGUAUACAGUAUGAGAACAUCACAAUCUUCCCUGACACAAUAGUAUUUGAAAUUUUGCCUUAUGAAAGUACAUGUUUCAACCCACUAAUCUUAAUGUUCUCUAAGCCUUAUCUUUCUGGAAAGCUCAGGAUAGAUUGUAUGAAAUUUGCAUUUCUGAUAUUUAGUGUGUGAAGUUGUACGAUCAAUCAUCAUCUUCAUGUUAAGUUCUGCUCCAUGUUCAUUGUACGUACACACUCCCACAGGGUUUAAAUUGAAGCCCCAUUCAUUGCAUUGGUAUCUCCAGCCCCUUUUGUGGUGAUCUGUUGCGUAUUUUUUUCCAGAAUCAUUGUUUAUGUACAUGUGCCGUAGUUAACUAAUAUAUGAACUGGGAUCAGAGGCACUGGAUUGUAAAAUACUGUAUGGGAAUCCCAUUGUUAAAUUUUCCUUGAACUGUAAUUUCAAAUACUCAGGUAACUGUAAAAGUCUCUCACCAAGUCAAACUUUUAUAAAAGUACUGAAAAACGGA